ACGCACACAUACUGUCACUCGCUCACUGUCUGUCUGAGGCUGUUGUACACACACACACACAUAUAUAUACAGUAUUACAGUGGAAUCCGCCUUGCUUUGAGAUCCGUGCUCUGCUAUUGGUGGCAAGAGGAACUAUAGGAAGCACAGUACAGAGCGUAGGGAUACUCCACAUCCCCACAUCUGUUUUGGAUGCUCCAAAUGAGUGUACCUGCUGCAACGGCACAGAAAUCAGACAGCAACAACAGUGACAUGCAAUCAGCUGCAGUGGCUCCCUCUUUCAUCCCCAGCCAGUCGGGGAAGAUACCGGGCAGGAAGAGAGGGAGACCCCCACUCCGCAAUGUUGCCAAGAUGGAUUUUCCUAACCGUUACCCUGAAUCGCUCCCUCCCCUCAAAGUGCCGAAGAAGAGGGGGAGAAAGCCGGGCUUCAAGCUCAAACCCAGAAUGGUGAUGACACCACUGGCUAUUUCUCCACCCAGCAGCACUCCUGAGCCCGAUAUGAGCUCCAUUCCUCAGGAUGCAGCCACCAUCCCCCACUCUGCCACACCCCAGGUGCUUACAGUCUGUAUCUACAUCAACAAGCAGGCCAACACAGGUCCCAACCUGGACAGGAAGAAGAUCCAGCAGCUCCCCGACCACUUCGGACCCGACAGACCCUCCGUGGUGCUGCAGCAGGCCGUCCAAGGCUGUAUCGACAGCGCCUUCCAGCAGAAAACGGUGUUUACCCUCCUCACACAAGGCUACGGAGGAGAAAAAAUAUCAGCAACAUUUGAUGGGAAGCAGCAUCUUCUGAGCCUCCCUGUGGUGAACAGCAUUGACUAUGUCCUGCGUUUUCUGAAGAAGCUCUGUCGCAGCCUGCACUGUGAAAACCUCUUCAGUGAUCAGCCCAUCAAGCAGCACAGCGGUGGAUCCUACCAGUCAGAUGCUGAGACAUCUAUGACUGAGAACUACCACGUUGACCAGUCAGAUGGCAAACGCUACUCUGUUGACCCUGGAGAUUCAGCUUUCAGCUCCAUAAGCUCGUCAUACUCUCCAAAGUCCUCCUACGGGUUUCGUUCCUCACAGCAGUUCUCCAACAGCUCAACAUCCAUGAGCAUGUGUAGGCAGUCAUCCACCAGUCCUAACACUUUUCCAGAGACCAACAGGGCAGGAGGUUAUAACUCACCUCCAGAGUCCCAGGAGUCCAAGGCUCCACCCAAUAAAGACCCAUCCACGUGGUCUGUGGAGGAUGUUGUUUGGUUCAUCAGGGAUGCAGAUCCCCAGGCUCUCGGUCCUCAUGCAGAUGUUUUCAGGAAACACGAGAUAGACGGAAACGCCUUGUUACUCCUAAAGAGUGACAUGAUCAUGAAGUACCUCGGACUGAAGCUCGGGCCGGCCUUGAAGCUUUGCUACCACAUCGACAAACUAAAGCAGACUAAGUUCUGAACUCUGUCUCCUAUUUAGAAUCAAGCUGAACACGUGAGAGGGGGGUCACAUCUAUGAUCCGGUGGGAAGAAAAAUCUCCAACAUCAUGAGGUGCAUCAUUGUUGCUUCUAUACUGUAAGACUGAAGCAAGUAUAGCAUACUUAGCUCCUAUUUUUGCUAUGGAUUUAAGUAUAAUUACAUAAUUAAAUUAAAAAUUCAAGACAGACACACAUUGAGGGAAUUAUUAUAAUUUAACUGUUACAGUAUUUCUUCAGUCUUUGGUGACUCCAUAACAUUUAGAUUUAACAACAGCAAGAUCCAGCUUAGUGCUAACACAAAACUGUCACUUAUGUACAUCAUAUUCGUUCAGCUGUUAGAUUUCUACAAAAUUAUGCCCUGAGAAUGAACCAAAUCAACCUGACAGCCAAAGAAUUGACUAAAACUCUACAUAAAGCCAAAAGAAGUUGUGCUUAAAGUCAUAGUUAGACUAGCACCCCUCACACCUGGAGAUCUUCCUCUCUUCCCAUUGGCUCACAGACACCAGAUGUAACCAUUUGAACCACCUUAAUAGCUGUUGAUGAUGUCAUAUAGAGAUAAUCACAAUUUCUCUCCUUUCUCUUUUCUUACUUGCUCUACUUUUGGCACAGAUCUUGAACUACAACCAUAAGACUGUGAGAUAUACAUCCUUCAUACACUUCAUAUGUAAUCAUUAAAAGUAGGCCAUUGGUUGAGAAAUUUAGUCUCUAACAGGAUCUUAUUUACUUGUUUUCACUGAGCUAAAAACAUAUCUAUAACUAAAUGGUGCAUUAAAUACUACACUGAUCUUGACUGACAGGUUUAGUAAGUCACUUUGAUAGUAUUUUAUGACAUUACUGUAUAACAAAAAAAUUAUUGUUCCCAUUUAAUUUCUCAUUUUUUUGGUACAAAUCUGAUAUAGAACAGUAACGCAAAACAAAACAAUGGCUUAGACAGACUGUAGCUCCCUUGUGAAAAUGCAGUAUAUAAAGCAGAUGAGAUCCUAGUGAAUGUGAUAUAUUUGUUUCUCCUCUUCAUGUCUUUGUUUUAAAUUAUAUAUGUCUGUUCUUUGUUUCUUUUUCUGUCCUUUUUAAAUUAAGCCACAGUGUUGAUACAGAAGUCGUCAAAAGACACGACACCCUUCAAUUCCACACUGAGGAAACCUUAGCGGUCAUGUAAAUGGGUAUAUAAUAUAAUAUUGCUUUUGUAUACCACUUUGGGUGUACAGUAUGCAUCCUUUUUUAAUCAAUUAACCUUUGUAAGUGAAUGCUGCUGUAAAGAUAUUACAUGUAAGCCAUGCCUAGUGAGAUCAAACAAUGGUGUUUUAUUAUGAGAAUCACUAUGAAUAAGAGUUCUAGAGAAAGCUGAAUAAAUCAGUACUCUAUGCUGGUGCUAAACAUUAUGUAUUUAACUGUUUGCUUUUGUGUUUGUGAGAUCUAAAGGGGAUCUUAUGUGUAUGCUGUACUGUGUGUGAGCAUUAAAUUAACAAACCAAGUAUUCAGAGAUGUUUGUGUGUGAUGCAGACUUUUUUAAUUAUUAUUAUUUCAAGGUUAAUGUUUCAGAUUUUCCCAAUUUUAGCAUCCUGAAUGGAUCCAUAUUUGGAUUUGGGUCCAGACGUCUGAGAAUAGUUUUGGCUUGGAGCCUCAUCUGUUCUUCAACACAUAAGUAUUAACAAAGGUGACCUAUUUUUGUGGCACUCAAACUAGUGUCCAGGGACCUGCAGGGUUCCUUGUGGGGCUCUCAAGGGUUCCCAUUAAUCAGAAAGAACUUCACCUCUCAUCUGUUUUACCUACAGCGGAUUAACAUAAACUGCCUGGCCAAAAAAAAACAAAUAAA